AUGAGAAGAAGCCCCGGGGUUCGGGGGCAGACGCGCGCGACCGGGUGUCCGUCCGUCCGUGCGUCCCCGUGUCCGUCCGUCCUUCCCGCCGCCAUGAGCGUCCCGACCUGGUCCAUCGCGGUCAUCCUCCUGCUGCAGCUCCCACGGACCUCGUGGGAGGAGAGCGCGGGUGAUGACUUCCGGGUCAGCAUCAUCUGUUUCAACCUGGACACCAUGGAGGUCACGUGGGAUCCCGCCUACCAUGUGGGGGCCAACCUGAGCUUAGCAUUCCGCUACAACCUUGAUCCCCUGCGGAGCUGCCCCCGCUAUGUCCUGUCAGCGGGAAUCACUUCCGGGUGCAUCUUCCCCGCCCGCCGAGCACGACUGGAGAUCCACAUCCGGAAGGGUGAGGUGUUGAUCUACAACCGGAAGCGACUGGCCACAGCCUACCUGAAGCCCCGUCCCCCAGGGAACAUGACCUUCCAUUGGCUGGAGGACUCCGUCCAGGUCACGUGUCCAGACCUUCCCUACAGCGGCCUAGUCUACGAGGUCCAGCACCGAGGAGCUAGAGACCCCACCUGGGAGACUUCUUCCGCGAACACAUGUAAUGUCACAGUGGCCGGAGUCGACCACCAGCGCUGCUACGACUUCCGGGCCCGGGUCACCACAGAGGAAUCCACGUACGGCCAUGAGACACACCCAAGCGACUGGACCCCUGUGACACACUGGCAAGCUGCAAGGCGCACAGAGUCUUGCCAGGAGCCUCCUGCCCCGGCUUUCCCGAAGUUCCUGGUUGCAUGCAGCCUCCUGACCCUGCUGACUUCGCUGCUGCUGCUGCUGUCUCUGUGGAGGCUGCGGAGGUUCAAGAAUAUGCUGAUGCCAUGUGUGCCCGACCCCAAGGGCAGCUUCCCGGGGCUGUUUGAGAAGCACGGUGGGGACUUCCAGGAGUGGAUCAGUGACACACAGCAUGUGACCCUGAUGGCAAAGCCAGAAGUCUGUGAUCCCACAGAGGAGGCACUCGUCCUGGAGCAUCACGGGAAGGGGGAAGAGCCUGAAUGGGACAAGGAUGCUGGGUUUCCUGGCCUUACACGGGAGGGCUUGAGGGGCGGAGACCUGGUGUCUGUGGGCGGGGUCACUUUCAUGAUGGACAGCGAUGCCUAUAUGACCUUGUGACCCUGGCGUGACCUUGGGCACUGUGAUAGUGUCACAGCCAAGAUGAGUGUCCAUGGUGUCAGUCAUCCAUUAUUUCCCGCCCACACCCCCUGUCAAUCAUCACUCAGGAUAUUCUCAUAGCCCUCUCAAUCAUUCCUCAGGACAUGCCCACAGCCCUCCUGUCAAUCAUCGCUCAGGACAUGCCCACAGCCCUCCUGUCAAUCAUCCCUUAGGAUAUUCCCACAGCCCUCCAGUCAAUCAUCCCUCAGGACAUUCCAACAGCCCUCCAGUCAAUCAUCCCUCAGGACAUGCCCACAGCCCUCCUGUCAAUUAUCCCUCAGGACAUGCCCACAGCCCUCCUGUCAUUCAUUCCUCAUGACAUGCCCACAGCCCGCCUGUCAAUCAUCUUCAGGACAAUCCCACAGCCCUCUUGUCAAUCAUCCCUUAAGACACUCCAACAACUCUCCUAUUGGCCAACCCACCAAGUUCCCACCCCACCAAUCAAUAUUUGGGACUGUGAGGAGACCAGAGUUCCAGUCCUCCUGAACAUGGCAGGUUCAUGGCUGGAGUGACAUCAUUCAGGGGCAUCACAAAGCCUCUGACCCAUCCGCAGUAGGGAGCAGACCAAACUGAGAGCAAGAUUGAGGAGACAACAAAGAAGUGAUCACAUGACCCUCCAGGACUUAAAAGGGCUACAGUAAGGCCCCUUAGGAGUAUUCCAAACUCAGCACCACAUACUGGAGUACUCAACAUGAAGCACCGACCUCUGGAGUACUCAGCAUCAAGCACUAGGAACACAUCGUAGCAGCAGUUUAAUAAAAAUCCACAGGCCCCUAAAGAGUACUCAGAAUUCAGUGACAUAACCUGGACUAUUGAGACACAGGAUCAUUUCUCUCCUUUACGGGAAUCCAGAACUCCCUUUAAAGUAAUGAGCAUUCAGAACUACGCUCAGGAGUACUCAGAAUCAAGCACUACGUAUCCUCAGGCAUCAAUAAUCUAGAUGUGACCUAUGAAAUUUCACACAUUUUAAAAUAAUUCUAACACACCUCCAAAUAUGAGUCACAGAUGGCCCGAAGACUCACUGCCUGUAUUUCCUGAGGAUCACUUUCCAUACGAAGAAAUCAAAGUCAGAUGAUACAAGUGUCAGACAAUCAACAACCCCCACUCUGGCACAUCUUCAUUCUGGCUCGAGAAACCACUCCUCAUGUGGCUUGGCCUAGUGUGUGAACUUACAUGAGAGGGAAUCCACAAGAGGUGGUGGACUCCAAGGCUGGGACAUGCUGGUGGCUGUGACUAAGGGAGUCAAUGGCAGUGUGUGCUCACGGGCCAGCCUGCGGGUCUACCUGCCUGCCUGAGUGUGUCAUCUUUGGGUAUGUGCAUAGGUGAGUAGGUUCGUGUGAGUGCAUGUGUUCGUGCAGGCCGAACUGUGAGCAUGUGUGCCUGUGCACAGUCAUUCCUGUAUCAUUGCAUGGUUCUUUUGGGGGGAGAGGGCUCUAAUGUGAUUGUAUGGGUGUGUGUGUGGUCCCACUCCCGUGCAUCUGUGCAAACCAAAACCUGGCUCCUUAAAGCAUGCCUGAGGGUCUGUCUGUGUGGGAGGGAACUCUUGCCUGGGUGUGUUACCCUGUGGGCGAGCAUGUAUGUGGAGGCCCGACUGUGUGGGUGUUGCACUAGUGCGUGCAUGAGUGUAACCCAAAUGAAGUGGUGCCCGGGGGGGCUGCGACAUGCUGGUUGG